UCGCGCGGGAGGAUAGGCGGGACGGCGGCGGCGCUGGCUGCGGAGGCGGUGCCUGGGGAGGGGUUCAGGGAUACGGAGCAGAAGGUGGGGGCGAUUCAGCUGGCGCGGAAGCAUGCGAAGAAGCGGAAUGUGCAGAGCAGGAAGGGCGAGGCGGACCGCACGAUUGUGAACGUGCGACCCAAGCACCUGUUCUCGGGAAAGAGAGGCGCUGGGAAGACAGAUCGGCGAUAG